AUGGCUUUGGUGAAGACCCUCAACCCUAAAGCCGAGGUGGCCCGGGCGCAGGCAGCGCUGGCAGUGAACAUCAGCGCGGCACGGGGCCUGCAGGAUGUUCUGAAGACCAAGUGGGGGCCUAAGGGAACCAUGAAGAUGCUUGUUUCUGGUGCUGGAGACAUCAACCUUACCAAAGACAGCAAUGUACUGCUUCACGAAAUGCAAAUUCAACACCCAACAGCCUCUUUAAUAGCGAAAGUAGCUACAGCCCAGGAUGAUAUAACAGGUGAUGGCACCACAUCCAAUGUUCUUAUCAUUGGGGAGCUACUGAAACAGGCAGACCUCUACAUCUCUGAGGGUCUUCACCCCAGGAUAAUAACUGAAGGCUUUGAAGCUGCAAAGGAAAGGGCACUCCAGUUUUUGGAACAAGUGAAAAAAGUGAAAGUAAGCAGAGAGAUGGACAGAGAAAUACUCGUCGAUGUGGCCAGAACAUCUCUGCUAACUAAAGUUCAUUCUGAACUUGCAGAUGUCUUAACAGAAGCUGUGGUAGACUCCAUUUUGGCCAUUAAGAAAAAAGAUGAACCCAUUGACCUCUUCAUGGUUGAGAUCAUGGAGAUGAAACAUAAAUCUGAAACUGAUACAAGCUUAAUCAGAGGACUUGUUUUGGAUCAUGGAGCACCGCAUCCUGCUAUGAAGAAAAGGGUAGAGAAUGCCUACAUCCUCACAUACAAUGUGUCUUUGGAUUAUGAGAUAACAGAAGUGAAUUCUGGGUUCUUUUAUAAGAGUGCAGAAGAGAGAGAAAGGCUAGUAAAAGCUGAAAGGAAGUUCAUUGAAGACAGGGUUAAAAAGAUAAUAGAGCUGAAAAAGAAAGUCUGUGGUGACUCAGAUAAGGGAUUUGUCGUCAUUAAUCAAAAGGGGAUUGACCCCUUUUCCUUAGAUGCCCUUGCAAAAGAAGGCAUUGUGACUCUGCGUCGGGCCAAGAGGAGAAACAUGGAGAGGCUGACACUUGCUUGUGGUGGGGUGACUCUGAAUUCCUUUGAUGACCUUAAUUCUGAAUGUUUGGGACAUGCGGGUCUUGUCUAUGAGUAUACCUUGAGUGAAGAGAAGUUCACCUUUAUUGAGAAAUGUAAUAAUCCCCGUUCUGUCACAUUGCUGGUUAGAGGACCAGAUAAGCACACGCUUACUCAAAUCAAGGAUGCUAUAAGAGAUGGCUUGAUGGCUGUCAAAAAUGCUAUCGUUGAUGGCUGUGUUGUUCCCGGUGCUGGUGAAGUAGAAGUGGCAAUGGCAGAAGCUCUGAUUAAAUACAAGCCCAGCGUGAAGGGCAGGGCUCAGCUUGGAGUGCAGGCAUUUGCGGACGCCUUGCUCAUUAUUCCCAAGGUUCUUGCCCAGAACUCUGGUUUUGACCUUCAGGAAACACUAGUCAAAGUUCAAGCUGAGCAUUCAGAAUCGGGUCAACUAGUGUGUGUGAAUUUGAACACAGGUGAGCCGAUGGUGGCGGCAGAGAUGGGUGUGUGGGAUAACUACUGUGUGAAGAAGCAGCUGCUUCACUCCUGUACUGUGAUUGCCACCAACCUGGUGGAUGAGAUCAUGAGAGCCGGGAUGUCCUCCCUAAAAGGUUGA